UUUAAAAAUCAAUCCUAACGAUAAGCGACAACUUCAACUACAUAGCAACCUAGCAUUCCUAGCAAUGACAUUUGUUAUUUUCACGGUGAAAAAAUUUGCGUUUUAUUUUCUCGAUUGCAGGAACAAAUUUUUACUUCUUAAUUACUUUUUAUCAAUGGAUAAGAAUGUAUCGGUGCGUACGUAAAUAUUGAUAGGGCAAAUACAUUUUUUGGGGGAUUAUUGUUAAAUCAUGGAAGACGACAAUAAAAGAGAAGAAAUUGGUGAAGUAACGGGAGGAGGUAUAGAAGAGGAUGGGGCUUCAAGGCAACAAGAAAGAGGUUCUGAUAAUCAACAACUAUCAAGACCAUCCUCCAGUCGCAAACGCAUGCGAAACGAUAUACAUUUGGAUAGAACAGACUCUAGCCAACGUGACAGAAAACCAUCCCGCACGAGAUCAAGAUCGAGGUCAAGUAAGCCUCUGCAAAGAAGGCAAUGGAGAAGCGCGAAUGCUUUUCUAAAUUUUAUGCAAGACUUUAGGCAGAAUUACAAUAAGGUGAAGAGCAGAGAUCUGUUUCGCCUUGGUGGACAAACAUGGCGACAAAUGUCGUCCACGGAGAAAAUGCCUUACGUAGAAGCAGCUAAGUUAGCGCAACAACAAUCACAACAAAAUACUAAUAAGAAUACACAGCAAAAUAAGCCUAAUAACAGUGAUUCUUCAAAGAAGCCCGAAAAUCAAAGAGACCACAAAAAGAAUGAACGAGAGGGAAGAAAAGAAAGCAAACGUUCUAGAAGCAAGAGAGACGAUUCCGACGUAGAAUCAGAUUCCGCAACGUCGGGAACUGGCGCAACUAUGACCAGUGAAGACAUUUCGGAUUUGAGUUCCUAAAUAUCAAUUUAUUAAUUGAUAUCAAGAAUGUUAAAAAAAUAUGUGUA